GAGAGAGAGAGAGAGAGCUACAUAGCCAUGGAUCCUUUCCUGUAUGAAGCAGCAACAUCGGGUGAUGUUGGUUUUUUGAGAGACAAAAUCAACAGUAAAAAUGGUGGUGUAUCAUCAAUUGAUCUUCUCCUCCAUCAGAAAACGCCUAAAGACAACAACAUUCUUCAUAUCUCCGCCGAAUCAAAGCAAAUAGAUUUCUUCAAAAUUGUCGAUCCAGAUCGAUAUGGUAAACUGUUUUGGGCUCCCAACAAGAAGGGUAACACUCCACUGCACGUUGCUUCAAGAGUAGGCUGUGUCGAAAUAGUCAAGCUACUCAUCCAAAACGCCACAACAGCUACAUCGCUAAGCCUCGAAGGAGCUGAUGAGGAAAGUGGACUAGUGCCACCAGCUGAUAAGGUUGACCCGAUCGGACGACAACAACUGCUCCAAAUGACUAAUUUGCAAAAGGAUACAGCCAUGCAUGUUGCCGUCCGGUCAGGUCACCAUCAAGUGGUGCUUCUGUUAAUGGAAUCCGAUCCUCAAUUGUGUUGUUUCACUAAUAGCGCUAACGAGUCACCAUUGUUCCUAGCUACCCUCCACUGGUUUCCACCCAUAGCUUGUUCUAUUCUAAACCAGUGUCCAACAUCUCCUUCUUUUCAGGGAACCAAUGGUCUCACAUCUUUGCAUGUUGCGGCAGCUCGUACGGGUACUGCUCACUCCCUCUUAUUUUGUGCUUACGCAAGUUUUGGUGAUCAACUUAUGGACAAAGUGCAAGUUGACCAACACCAAGGACUGAAGGCUAGUGAAAUAAGUGUGUCUGAUCCUCAUGGGCUUGUGAAGAUAAUGGUGUCCAAAAAUCCUGGGAUGAUGAAAGAAGUUGACACACUUGGGUGGACUCCCUUGCACUAUGCAGCUUUGUGGGGCAACUCUGGAGCAGUGUCAAUAUUGCUGCAAGCUGACAGUUCGGCCUCAUACAUUCUUGAUAAAUCUGGAAUGUCAGCUCUACAUGUCGCGGCGUAUGCAGGCCACACCAGUAUCAUGGAGGAGGUGAUUCGAUGCCGGCCUGAUACUUGUGAUUUGCUCAAUCACAAAGGCCAAACGGUUCUUCAUGCUGCAGUUUUAGGUGGACAAAAAUCUGUUGUCGAGUACAUAUUGAAGACGCCGAAGUUUGCAGGACUCAUAGAUGAAGCGGACGCAGAUGGAAACACUCCCUUGCAUCUGUCUGCCAUUUACAAAGAAGAUGGACUUCGAGAAAUUUUGACAAACGAUCCCAGAGUGAACAAGUCUGCUCUGAAUGGUAAAUUAUACACAGCUUUCGACAUUUUGCUUCAAGAUCAUGACAAUUUUACACAGGUUUUCGAUACUAGCAUUGAUCCUCGCUGUGAACUGAUCGGCCCUGUGAAAUCCAUUGGCAUGCCAUUUCUUCAAGAGCAUAUCCUUCAUCAUAUCAUAGAAUUGGAACCUACAGAGAAGGAGAGGUCUAGUGAACCGGCCAUUGCAGACAAGAAAGAAAAGCCGCUAGAAGAUACAGAUGAAGAGUUGUGGAAAAAGUUUGAUACGAAUCUACUCAUAGCGACGCUUAUUGCAACUGUCACUUUCACUGCAGCUUUCACCAUGCCCGGAGGACUGAAAGAUGAUGGAACACCGGUUUUACAAGACAAGGCAUCAUUUCAAGUUUUUCUGUUGUUCGACUCCCUUUCCUUCAUUCUCUCAAUAUUUGUGGUGCUUGUUCAUUUAAUUACAGCUAAUUUAGCUAUAAACUUACAAGGUGUGCGGCCAAUUUUAAUUCAUUAUUCUGUUAUUGGAAUGAACAUAGCGUUUGCUUCGGCCUUGUUUGCGAUGCUUCCCAAGGGUACCCGAUGGCUUGGAAUUUUGGCCUGUGUAACCUGUGGCUUCAUAUGCUUGGUAGCCACCCUUAUGUACUACUUGCAGAAACAAAGACGGGAAAGGAUUAUAAAAUGGAUGUCGUACAUGACGAGGACUAGUGCUCGAACAAGAUAAGGGGAUUCCCAUGGAAGGGGUUCCUGGCCUUUGCCUAUGAUUUAAGCAUGCGCCUUUCAUCGAUCUCAACGGCACGCAAGCGGAUAUUAAUUUCGGCUGAGGGGUUUUCAGCUUGCAGUUAAGAAGUAGAGGCUUGUUGAACAAUCAUGGCUGGAGGUGCAAGUUGAAUUCGUUUUCAAGUUUCCGCUGUGCAAUA